AUGGACAAGGGAACGUACGACGCAAACUACAAGAAGCUGGUUGGUGGUGGCUUUGAAGGGGCGGAUGCAGUGGAGAAGGAGAAGCCGUAUGUUGGGAAGAUCAAGCCGAAUAAGUAUUACGUGGUGAUGAAGGGCGAGAAGCUGAAGAACCUGAUUGUUGCCCAGUCCAGGGCUGCUCGGUUCAAGCUGUGGGUGGCUCGUGUGGUGGCCCUGGUGCUUGUCUGGGCAGUCGUGGUGCAGCUGAUGUGGCUCGGAGAUGCGAUCGCUCCGAGGGUGCUCAAGUUUCGAUCUUCUUACUCGUUCCCUUGCCCGAGGAUUUACAAGAACAACGGAUAUCGCUUGGUUUCAUCCAAUGGCGGACUAAAUCAAAUGCGGUUCGGUAUAUGUGAUAUGGUUGCUAUCGCGAGAUAUCUGAAUGUCACACUUAUCGUUCCCGAGUUGGACAACACAUCAUUCUGGAACGACCACAGUCAAUUUGCAGAUAUAUUCAGCGUGGACUACUUCAUCGACUCCCUGAGGGAUGAGGUUAGGAUACUGAAGGAGCUACUCCCUGCGCAGAAGAGGAAAGUGGAGUCAGAGUCCCUUUUCUCAAUGCCGCCUGUCAGUUGGUCGAACAUGACAUAUUACUACAAUACGGUCCUACUGCGGAUCCAAGAACACGAAGUGCUUCACUUCACCAAGACAGAUGCUCGGCUGGCCAAUAAUGGGUUGUCUGUUGAGGUGCAGCGGCUGCGUUGCAGAGCCAACUACAAGGUCCUGAGGUUUGCCCCCGCCGUCGAAGCUUUAGCCAAGAAGAUAGUUCAAAUUCUAUGGCACAGGGGCCCGUUCUUGGUCCUUCACCGCCAGUAUGAAAUGGACAUGAUCGCUUUCUCGGGUUGCAGUGAAGGCUGCAACGAGCUGGAGAUCGAGGACCUCACCAAAAUGAGGUACGCUUACCCCUGGUGGAAAGAAAAGGAAAUCGACUCUGAGAAGAAGAGAAACGACGGGUUGUGUCCUUUAACACCGGAAGAAGUUACGCUGGCACUUAGGGCGCUCGACAUUGAUCGCAACAUUCAAAUUUACAUUGCUUCUGGAGAUAUAUACAAAGCAGAGAAAAGAAUGGCCAGUAUGAGAGCUGCCUUCCCGAACCUGGUGAAGAAGGAGAUACUGUUGGAUCCCUCCGACCUCGAGCCCUUCCAGAACUAUUCCAAUAGGAUGGCAGCAUUGGAUUAUUAUUUAUCCAUAGAGAGUGAUCCAUUCAUGCCAUCUUAUGGAGGGAACAUGGCCAAAAUUGUCGAGGACCACCGGAGAUACCUCAGGUACAAGAAGACGAUUCUGCUAGACAGGAAAGUUCUGGUGGACUUGAUAGACCAGUACAAGAAUGGGACCUUGAGUUGGGAUUCAUUCUCCAUGCUCGUCAAGGAAGCCCACGUGAACCGGAUGGGGAACCCUGCCAAGAGAUUGGAGGUUCCCGGUAAACCCAAGGUAGAAGACUACUUCUACACCAAUCCACAGGAGUGCUUACCCCAAGUUCCUGAACCAUCAACCGAUAUAUAACAAUGGAAAGAUGUACUGAUGACGUGAAAUCACUGCUCUGCCCCACAUAGAAUCACGGAUUCCCUGCGGCACGUGCCGGGACAGAUGCAUAAUUCUGGUUUCGGUUU